AAUGUUCAGAUCGAAAAAGACCAAUUUAAUUCCAUCGGUCGCAUCAGAACCACCUGCAUCGAUGGAAUUAUCCUCACGAGCUGAUGAAGAAUCAAACCGGAGUGGGAGCGAUCCGAAGUCGAUUAUUUUCAACGCUGGCCAACCGCCGUCGCGACGUCACUCGAUGACGGAGACUCAGCGACAGAAUUCAGUGGGAAGUUGUGGCCAACAACAACAGAAUUCGUCUCCGUCGCCGGACGCCUUCUUACAGGAAAAACCAAGCCAUCAGCACUAUUUGAACGAAUUCCGAGUAGAAGCAUGUCCGCUUUUCAAACAACACCAGUGUCAGCAACACCGACCGUUCACUUGCUUCAAGUGGCAUUUUGCGAAUCAGAGGAGGCGAAGGCCAGUAAAGAGGAGCGAUGGCUCAUUCAAUUAUUCACCCGACAUUUAUUGUGACAAAUACGACGAGAACACCGGCAUUUGUCCAGACGGGGAAGACUGUAUAUUUCUUCAUAGAGUAUCUGGGGAUGUAGAACGCAAAUACCAUCUACGCUACUACAAAACCGCCCAAUGUGUACACCCUACUGACGCCCGGGGGCAAUGCGUCAAGAACGGUGCCCAUUGUGCUUUCGCCCACACGGCAAACGAUAUACGUCCACCAAUGUUCGACCAACACGAAGUCGGAUUUUCGACAGUCGUCGACGGCGAGGGACGCGAUAAGACCAGCUUUGUGAUUGAAGAUCCACAAUGGCACUCACAAGACCACGUGCUAUCAUGCUACAAAACGGAGCAAUGCAGGAAACCAGCUCGACUCUGCAGACAAGGAUACGCCUGCCCGUUUUAUCACAACUCAAAGGAUCGUCGACGCCCUCCUGCGUUGUACAAGUACAGAUCUACUCCGUGUCCAGCUGCAAAAACAAUUGAUGAGUGGUUGGAUCCAGACAUUUGUGAGGCUGGGGAUAACUGUCAAUAUUGUCAUACACGCACUGAACAACAAUUUCAUCCUGAAAUCUACAAGUCAACAAAGUGCAAUGAUAUGUUGGAGCAUGGAUACUGCCCGAGAGCAGUCUUCUGCGCAUUUGCUCACCACGAUUCUGAGCUUCAUGCACACAGAAAUCCGUAUGUUGGAAGCACCCAGCCAAGUCCGAAAGAGCAGUGUAGCCCGUCUCCAAAUGGAUUCAGCAUUCCAACGGAACGCUUCGAGUCGCCAAUAAAUGGAUUCUCACCGAGUUACUCAUCCGUGCUGAAAAACAGAAUUCCAAUUGCAAAACAGGGAUAUGCUACAACUGAUUCCAUUUCAAGCAGUUACCCGAAAGCACCAGGAUAUGAGCGUUCCCCGAUUGUUGGAAGUUUUGAGAUGCCACCAAUUGGACGAGGUGAUCAAAGACUUCGAACACAUUCACUCAACAUGGGACAUUUGGACAUGCUUAAAAGAAACAUGAUCAUCAAUGGAAUGACAUCAAUCGACUCUGGAAACCCAGCAUUAACCUCCACGUCUUCAUUGUGCCGAUCUGACAGCGGUUUCAAUGUAGUUGCUGAUAACUCUUUACCAACGCUGGACGAGUUGAGCUUAGAUCUUCCACGAAUCGACGAGUCUGGUACACAACUCAAUCUGUUUAAUGAAGUGCUUUCUUCAGUACGAACAGCUUCUUUGGAUCCUUAUGGCAAUACAACCGGAUUUUUUGGCCAACAAGAUCAGAUGUCAACCGAUAUCUUUGGCAAUUCUUUUGAUCCAAAUGUGUUCUCCCAGGAUUAUGCUCAAGAUGACUACAACGACUACAUGAAGCAGCCCAAAAAUGAGGAUUUCAACAGUUUGAGCGACAAGUGUCAGUAUCUUGAAGAGUCACUGAAACAUACCAGACAACAAGCCGACAUGUGGAGAAUGCGUUUUGAAGGAGAAUUUAUGGAAAAGAACAGACUUCUCGCCGAGCGAUCAAAUUUGCUGGGGCAGAUUGAACAAAUGAAGCACCAGAUGCCACAAUCUCCAUUCAUGCCACCAGUUCAGAUGGGAUCCCCGCUUUCAAUAAGUUUGCCUCAGGACAAUUAUGACGGAGGAAUUCGCCCAUCAGCUAGUCUUCAACACAGUCCACCUUACAAUAUUUUUGGGAACGACUGUGAAACUGGUGCACCAGCUUGUGCCCGUUGUGGACGUGAUCGUUCCCGAUCUGGAUUUGACAAUCAAAGUUCUUGCCCCGUUUGCUCCAACUAGUACUUUUUAAUAUCGUUUUCCAAUUCCAAACCUCAGGGUUUUUCAAUGGUACUCUAUUUGUAUAUUUUAAUUUUUUCUUCUCACCUUUUUUUCUUAAUCACUAUUUUCAAAUUUCUUGCUCUGAUGCCGCUAUAUGAUCUAUUGCCACGAUUCUAUGUGAUAACUUACCAGAUGAUGAGCAGACAUUGCCCCCUCUCGUCAACUCAUCUUCUACCAAAUUUCACUCAUCAUACCAUCCAACACUAUCACUGUCUUACCUUCAAUUUGUGUUCGAUAGGCUCCAAAUCGGAACGUCUAAGUAUUUCGUAUUUUCUUGUUGCUAGAAUCAACAUUUUUUUAAUGCAUAGGUCGCCGCGGAUAAUUUAUAAGACUCUUUAAAUUUCAUAACUAUACCCCUUUUCUAAACGACUUCCUUCAAAAGAAAAUUUUCAAAAAUGCCAAAAAAAAUUAUUGUGAUUGAAUAUAUUGAUUAAUUCAGCAUAAUUUCUAAUUUCAAUAUUUGAAUUUCCUUAUUAUAUUGUAAUUCGUUUUUCCUAUUUUCAUCUAGUUACGCGUGAAUAGUCCCGUCCUUUGAUACCACGUUUGUAUCUUCAAGUUGUCUUUAAUUUCCACUUCCGCCACAUCACUUCCCACUCAAAUAUUAGAAGCUUUUUCACUUUUUGCUAGUUGAUCCACACCAUCCAACCCUCUCUUCAUUUUAUCAUGUUCUAUUUUCGAUUUUUGUAUUUUUCAAAUCAACUCAAUCUAAUUCGUUAACCCAAAUGACCCACCCGGUAGGACUAUAAAUUGAAGCUUUCCGGUUUUAGAAUUUUAAAUCACUUACUUCCCCAUUUUCAUACACCUUCAACUAUUCAUUUGUACAUUUCACCAUGCUUUUUUGAAAUAUCGUCUGUUUUUAUCUUUUCUUUUUAUUUUCACAAAUAAUUUUUUCAAAUUUUAGUAGUGACCUUUCAUUGUUUCACUUUUUCUUAACUUAUGUGCAUUCUUGUUCCCAAAUUUCACUGUUCCGUGUACUUCCUAGACCUCUAUCUAUCAGAAUAAUGUAGACAAUACAACGGUUGUUUGAACAUCACCAAAAACUUGUAGUACCCCCACUUUAUAUCACUGGUAGUUAUCAAAUUCUUUACCUUUUUCCAACUUUUCUUGUUUUUCUGUAUUAUUUGGGAGCAACUAUGUGCUCGAACUUUUCCCAUUUUAUAGGAACGUCUUUGAAUGCUUUGUAGUAGUUUUUAUAAACAUGGUACCUUUGUAAUUCCCAAGUUCUAAGCCUUUUUUUCUCACAAAAAUUCAAUUUUUAACAUUUUAAAUUUCAGUAGGGAAAAUUAAUUCAAACCCAUUCCUUUUCAUUAUAUGCUCUUCCACUUUUAUAUAUUUCUUGUAAUUUUCAAUUUUCAAACAACAUUUUGUAUUGUAUUGAAAUGGUUAGAAAUAAAAAGUGUUUUUUUUUA